UGCAAGUUGCAAGUAUAGUUAACUUCUCAAUUCUCAAAGGUCACUUCUUUAUGCGAAUAUCAAUUUCUUCCUCGUCCUUCAAUAGUUGUGACCAAUAGAAGUACAAUAGACCAUAGAACAUAGAGGCAGCUAGAAUCAGCAGCCACCAGUGCAUGAUGACUUCUCAAUUUCUCUCCCAUCUAGAUCAUAAGGUUCUUUAUUCUGACCUUACUGCACCUUCACACAAAUCUAGAUUUGGAUUCAAGUUCCUCUGUCAAGGUCCUCCUGCCAAGUUUUGGGGAAAACAUGCAAAGAAAAGUGGUGAAUUUCGUCCAAUAUCUGCAACAACACAUCAAGUUCUUGGAUUCAAGGAGAGUGUGCCCUACUUCAAAUGGCUACAAACUGUGAAGGAUGAUGUUGAACCAAAUGAGGAACAUGUUCUUCAUCAGGUGGUGGUUACAAACGAGAUAAGAAAGAAGAUAAAUGCGGUGAAAAGGAUGUUAGGGUCAAUGGAAGAUGGAGAAAUAAGCAUAUCAGCUUAUGACACAGCAUGGGUUGGUCUCGUGAGAGAUGUUAAUGGCGGAGGAGGGCCUGAGUUCCCAUCUUGUCUUGAAUGGAUAGCCAGUAAUCAGCUUUCUGAUGGUUCUUGGGGUGAUGCUCAACUUUUCAAUGCCCAUGAUCGCAUUCUUAACACCUUGGCUUGUGUUAUUGCAUUGAGAGCUUGGAAUUUGCACCCCCAAAAGUCUGACAUGGGGUUGAAGUUUGUUAAGGAAAAUCUAAGCAAGCUUGAGGAUGAGAAUGUUGAACACAUGCCAAUCGGAUUUGAAGUAGCUUUCCCUUCUCUUCUCGACUUGGCUCGAAGUAUGAAUAUUGAAGUGCCACAUGAUUCUCCUAUCUUGAAACAAAUCUUUGCCAUGAGAGACCUAAAGCUCACAAAAAUACCAAUGGAGGUGCUUCAUAAGGUGCCCACAACACUGCUUCAUAGUUUGGAGGGAAUGGCAAAUUUGGAUUGGAAAAGACUCUUGAAAUUGCAGUCACAAGAUGGUUCAUUCUUGUUCUCUCCAUCAUCCACAGCCUACGCUUUCAUGCAAACCAAAGAUGAAAAUGCUCUCAAAUAUUUGGAGAAAACUGUGAAAAGGUUUAACGGGGGAGUUCCAAACGUUUAUCCGGUGGAUUUAUUUGAGCACAUUUGGGCUGUUGAUCGAUUAGAACGUUUAGGUAUUUCAAGAUAUUUUCAGACAGAAAUUAAAGAAUGUAUGGAAUAUGUUUCAAGAUAUUGGACCGAGAAGGGUAUUUGUUGGGCAAGAAAUUCGGAAGUUCAAGAUAUUGACGAUACUGCAAUGGCAUUUAGAUUGCUAAGGUUACAUGGCCACCAAGUUUCACCCGAUGCAUUCAAGCAUUUUGAGAAAAGUGGCGACUUCUUCUGCUUUGCUGGACAAUCAAAUCAAGCUAUAACUGGGAUAUACAAUCUUCAUAGAGCUUCUCAAGUGUUGUUUCCUGGAGAGAAGAUUCUUGAGAAUGCCAGACUUUUUUCGUCCAAAUUUUUAACUGAGAAACGGUUGGCUAAUGAGAUAGUGGAUAAAUGGAUCAUAACAAAAGAUUUGCCUGGUGAGGUGAGCUAUGCUUUGGAUGUGCCUUGGUAUGCUAGCUUACCCCUGUUAGAGACAAGAUUUUACAUAGAACAAUAUGGCGGUGAAAAUGAUAUUUGGAUUGGCAAGUCACUUUACAGGAUGCCCUACGUGAAUAAUGAUAUUUAUCUAGAGCUUGCUAAAUUAGAUUACGGCAACUGCCAAGAUAUGCUCUCUGUAGAAUGGGAGAAAAUCCAAAGGUGGUACUUGGAAACAGGAUUAGAGGAAUUUGGAGUGAGCAAAGAAAGUGUUCUGCAAAGUUAUUUUGUGGCGGCAGCCAGCAUGUUCGAGCCUGAGAAGUCCCUAGAGCGACUCGCAUGGGCUAAAACCACGACUUUGAUCGAGACAUUGAAGUCCUAUACAGGGGAUAAAGAAGCAAGGAGGGUUUUUUUAGAACAAUUCAAUAACAGCAUUAACAGACAAGAUUUUCCAAAGAAGUGGCUAGAUAAGAGCAACGAAACAGAAAAACUUGUUUGCAUUUUGCUGAUAACUAUUGAGUAUCUUGGAUUGGAGUUUUUUCGAACUCGUGGGCAGGAAAUUUCUCAUUAUUUGAAUCAAAUUUGGCAAAGUUGGUUGUUGAGUUGGCAAAAAGAAGGAAGCAGCUCCACAAGGGAAGCGGAGCUGAUUUUGAAAACCAUACAUAUAAUGAGUGGCUGUUGGUCACAAGAGCUACAGCUAAACCUUCAGUAUCAGAAAUUGCUGCAAGUCACUAACAAAGUUUGCCAUAAACUCAGAGAUUACCAAAGUAGUAAGGAGGCAAAUGUGAAUGGCAGCUGCAACAUGAGUGGAACCAGAGUCACUACACCACAAAUAGAAUCAGAAAUGCAAGAGCUUUCGCAAACAGUGCUCCAAAAUUCCCCAGAUGGCAUUCAGAAUCAACCCCGUGUUAAGAAUUCAUUUCUAAUGGUGGCCAAGAGUUUCUACUAUGCUGCCUAUUUUGACUAUCAGACAAUUAUAUCACACAUUGACAAAGUUCUAUUUCAAAAAGUGAUGUAAUUUUC